AUGAUAAGAGAAGAACUGAUUUUAAGAUAUACAAUUAACGAUACAAAUAAUUCGUUAAUUAAUACAACAGAAAAUGCUACAAUACCAUCAGUAUAUGCACUAGGUCCAACAUUAGCUACAAUUUCAUCAACAUGUAUUAUUAUAGGAACAUGUUUUUCAAUUAUUUGUAUAUAUCGUUAUUUACGAAACCCACAUCUUCGUACUUAUUUUACUUAUAUUUUUCAUUAUAUGUUAAUUUAUUGUCUUAUAUCAUCAUUUAUUAAUGUCCCAAUAUUUUUAACAGGAUAUUAUUUAAAUCUAUUUGAACAAUCUCGUCAUCUUUGUCAAUAUUAUGCAACAAAUGCAUUAGCAAUUAAUAUUGGUAUGGUAACAUGUUUAGCUUAUGCUAGUUUAGAACGUAAUUAUUUAAUAUUUCGUCGAAAUGGUCUUCUUUCAUGGCGUCGACAAUUUCUACCUAUUCUUUGUCUUAUUUUAUAUUCAUAUGUAAUAUCAAUUUUAAUUAUUUUUAUUCCACAAUGUGAUUAUAUUCCAUGUGCACCUUGUCAUACAAGACAAUUAAUAUCUAUGCUUAUAUGGUUAACAUUUAGUCUUAUUAUACCUGAAUUAAUUAUGUUUAGUUCAACAAUUAUUCUUAUGAUACGUCUUUAUCGAAAACAUAAUGGUUUAAAUCGUCAUAGAGAUAAAAAUAUAUUUCAUCGAAUUGUUAUACAAAUGACAUUAUAUAUGAUUUGGUCAUGUUUAUAUUAUUGUCCACCAACAUUUUAUAAUUUAAGUUUAAUUAUUAAUUCAAAUAUUUCUUCACCAUCAAUAAAAUCAGCUAUGAUUAUUGUUAGUAUAGUUAGUGUUCAAUCUUAUCCAAUAUUAACAUUUAUUUUAAUGAUUAAUUAUCAUCGAAAAACAAAAAAUACAAUUAAAAAAACAAUUACAACAUGA